AUGGCGCUGACUGGCAGCUUCACUUCCAUCAGUCUGCCCCAGGGCAGCUGUGGCUACAAUAAUAACUUCUCACCACUUCCCUCUCAGCAGCACACCUCUGACCAGCAAACCCCUGACCUGCACAACUCUGACCUGCACAACUCUGACCAGCACGGCUCUGACCAGCACGGCUCUGACCAGCACAGAGCUCUUAACAUGUUCUUAUCUCAAACUGAAAACAACUUUAAGGAGUGCUUCUCUCUGUACGACCGCCAGAGGAACGGCAGGAUCCAGGCAGCAGACCUCAUGUUGGUCAUGAGGUGUUUGGGCUCCAGUCCCACGCCUAAUGAAGUACAGCGCCACCUGCUGAUCCACAACACAGAGCGCGGAGGAGAACUGGACUUCUCCACCUUCCUCACCAUCAUGCACCGGCAGCUCCAGCAGGAGGCGCCAGAGGAGGAGAUCCUGGACGCUCUGAGGAUGGCCGACAAAGAGCAGAAGGGCUACAUCCUGGUCUCGGAACUCCGGGCCAAGCUCACCUGUCUGGGAGAGAGGCUCACGGACAAGGAGGUGGAUGAUCUGCUGAAGGAGGCGGGGGUGGGGGCUGACGGGAGAGUCUACUGUGAGCAGUUUGCCAAAGCUGUGGCUCGAUCCUGCUCCAAGAGAUGA